AUGUCUGACCUGAUGGACGCAUACUUUCAGAUGCCGCCUGUAUCAAGGAUACUCGCGACAGCUGUCUUUGUCACGUCUUGUGGCGUAUACAUCUACUCGUAUGUCUCCCAGCUGGAAAAGGGCAACCCACGUUUUGCAAAGCAAGAGGACUUAAUAUGGUAUCUGGCAUUCGUGUCUACUACUACUUUGAUCUUUGAUACAGCUCUCGGCUUCAAUUCCGGCUUCUACCUGCAGGGCCUGAUUUUAGCCCUAGCGUAUACCGUUACGCAGGAUCAGCGUGGCAUCAAGGCCAACUUCUUCUUUGUCACCAUACCAGCCCAGCUUGUGCCCUACGCUAUGAUGUUGGCGUCAUUGCUCAUGGUCGGCCCGGCCGGUAUCAUGCUUCAGCUUUGUGGUCUGGCUGCUGCCCAUCUGUACGACUUCCUGACACGGAUUUGGCCCGAGUUCGGGGGCGGUCGUAACUAUUUAACCACGCCUGCUUUUGUCUCGCGCCUGUUAGUCCUGGCCUCACGUACCCAACAGCAGAGCUUUGGCACUGCAAUCCGUGGUGCCGGCACCGGUGCAGCAACAACAAGCGGAGGUGGAGGUCCUCUUCCAGAUGCGUGGAGAACACGGGGAAGAGGACAGCGUCUUGGCGGCGACUAA